GUAUCUAUGACGGUUAUUAGGGUAAAAAAAUGUUAAGACAUGGCUGCGUCCUGUUCUUGAUCACCGAGAGGAUGUUCACUGUAACGACAAAGAAAGAAUAACUUGUUUAAACAGGAGAAGUUACAUCAGAAGUAAUUGAAAAAUCUUACCAUCCGAGGCAGUGUACCACCUUGACAAUCAUUGCACAUGUUGGUAAGAAGAUUGUGCUUUCCAAAGACUCUCUCCACCUGCUCCAUUCAGGCCUCUGAUGUUCACACUCAACAUUAUGAUGUCAUCGUGGUGGGUGGCGGUCAUGCUGGGACCGAAGCAGUGGCCGCCGCCAGCAGAGUUGGAGCAAAAACACUUCUCAUCACACAGAAAGUCCAAACUAUCGGGGCGCUCUCGUGUAACCCAUCACUGGGGGGUGUCGGGAAAGGUCAUCUGGUGAAGGAGAUUGAUGCUCUGGAUGGUGUGAUGGGACGGGCAGGAGACUGGGCCGGGAUUCAUUUCUCUAUACUUAACCGGAGUAAGGGGCCUGCAGUGUGGGGCCCCAGAACCCAGCUGGACCGCCAACGCUAUAAAGACUUUAUACAGUCAGAGCUUUUAUCUACACCGAGAGUGACCAUCUUAGAGGGUUCUGUGCAGGACCUUCUAUUGACUACGGCUGAUCCAGGGAAACCAGGAAGACAUAAAGUUUACGGAAUACGCUUGGCUCAUGCAGGUGGUGAAAUCCAUUCCCGCUCUGUGGUUCUGACCACUGGCACCUUCUUGUCUGGUGCUCUCUUCAUCGGUCAAAACACUUCUCCAGGGGGGCGAAUGGGUGAUCUGCCUUCCUGUGCUGGUCUCUCUCAUACCUUAAAAGAAGUUUUGGGGUUGAAGGUUGGCCGGCUGAGGACUGGUACUCCUCCCCGUAUCAUCAAGGAUACGAUCGACUUCUCCCUCACCCUUAUUCGUUUGCCUGACCCAAAUCCCACUCCAUUCAGCUUCAUUAAUACACACACGCACUGCACGCCUGAAGAGCAGCUUCCAUGUUAUCUGACGUACACCACACCUGGGGUAGAGAGAGUGGUGAAAGAGAGUAGCCACCUUAACUCACACAUACAGGAAGACACUAAAGGACCCAGGUACUGCCCCUCCAUUGAGUCGAAGGUGCUUCGGUUUCCAGGGCGACAGCACCAGGUAUGGCUGGAACCAGAGGGUCUGACCUCUGACCUCAUGUACCCUCAGGGUUUGUCUAUGACGAUGCCCCAUGAGAAGCAGCUCUGCCUCAUCAGAGAGAUCCCCGGGCUGCAACGUGCAAAAAUUUGCACUCCAGGUUAUGGAGUGCAGUAUGACUUUGUCUGUCCAACACAACUCUUCCCGUGGCUGCAGGUAAAGAGCACUCAGGGUCUUUUCCUGGCUGGGCAGAUAAAUGGAACCACAGGCUAUGAGGAGGCAGCUGCACAGGGUUUAUGGGCUGGGGUCAAUGCAGGUCGAACGUCUCUCUCCAUGCCCCCGGUGUCCCUCUCACGCACUCAGAGCUACAUCGGAGUUCUAAUUGAUGAUCUGAUUGGUCGUGGAGUGACAGAGCCAUACCGUAUGUUCACAAGCAGGGCUGAGUUCAGAACCUCCCUUAGACCAGACAAUGCUGACCUACGACUCACUCUCAGAGGUUUUGAGGAAUUGGGCUGUGUGUCUGAGAAGCGCUAUAAUGAAGCUCUUCGGGUUCAAAUGAGUUUGAAUGAUGCUUUAUCUGCCCUGGAGUCCAUACAUCUCUCUGCUGCUCGCUGGAAGGACAAACUGGGAGAUGUCAACAUCAGCGAGACUAAGAGCUCCAUUCUCAAUGGAGUGGAGAUGCUGCAGUAUAAAGAUGUUUCUUUCCAGAUGUUAGCCUCUGCCUUCCCAGAACUCUCUGGCCCGUAUCUAGAAUUUUCAGAGAGACUGAAAGUCGAAGCUAUGUACCGUCCACACUGUGAGAAGCAGAGGAGAGAGAUGGAGAGAAUGCAAGCGGAGGAGAGUCUAUAUUUGCCACAGGACAUUGACUAUCUGACUCUACCCGUGUCCCUCUCUCAGGAGGUCAGAGAGAUUCUGGAUAGCGUGCGACCGAGCACAUUGGGAGCUGCUGCCCGUCUGCCAGGAAUCACCCCAGCAGCCAUAGUUCACCUGUUUAACUAUGUGCACAGAAAGAAACACAGGAAUCAUAGGAAAAUUGUUGGAGUCUCAUAAAAAUGAUCAAAAUGGUGUAUCAGGCAAAAUGAUUUCACAAGUCAACAGUGAGAGGGAAAAAAAAAAAAAAAAACUAAAACAACUUUAUUUAAAAUGAGGAACUAUUUACAGCUGUGGUAUCUUUCAAGCUUUGAGUGGAGUCUAAUUUGACAUCAGCAUCAAACCAAAUUUCAAAAACUGUUUCCAAACAUAUGGACAUCCACGGUGGCCAUACAUUACGUUUUUUUCCAGUUGUCAAUGUUCCUCCAAUGUGCCACUGGUGCUGCAGAAAUUACACGUUCUUUAAAUAAUGUCUUAGAAACUCUUCCAUCAUUGGCUGGUACUGAAGUUUGAUUUACUCUUGAUCAAACUCUCCAACCCCUCUGGAAAAAAAAGCAAAUGGAAACUUCCAUUCAGGUUGAUGUUCCCCCCCGCCAGGGGCUUCUGGGUAAACUGUAGCAUCAGAGAACAUCACCUCAGAGGUCAAUGGGACAGAAGACCGAAGGGGACACUGGAGGCAAAAAGAAGACUAAUUCAUGUGAACUUCUAACUGUGUGUUCAAAAUGUCAGUUGCACAAUCAAAAAAUGUUACAUAGAUAUUUCUACAAAUUUGAACUUCAAGAUGCAAAUCUUUAUGCAAUAAAAAAGUUUUACACAAAUAAA